AUGGAUCUUGGUAAGGCAAAGCUGCUUAGGACAGGACUCAACACUCUACAUCAAGCCAUCCAUCCCCUGCACGGGAUAGCAUGGACAGACGGCAAGCAGGUCUGCCUGACAUCGCUCUACUUCGUCAAUGGCGAGGUGAAAUUCGGGGACACCAACGUUAUCGGGCAGUUUGAGCAUGUCUUCGGACUCUCCUGGGGCCCGCUGUGCUGCUCGGACUCCCCUGCUUUGUUGGCUGUUCAGCACAAGAAACAUGUUACCGUCUGGCAACUGCAGCUCAGUGCUCUGGAGCAUAACAAGCUGCUGUGCACUCAGACCUGUGAGAUGAGUGAGCCUUUCCCUUUGCUCUCCCAAGGCUGUGUUUGGCAUCCAAAGCAGGACAUGUUGGCUAUACUUACUAAGAGGGACACUUCUGUGCUGUUUUCUGUCAGAGUGGACAACAGGAGAAUCAAAGCAGAAAUCAAAGGUAGUGGGCUUAUCCACUGUGCUUGCUGGACUAAAGAUGGCACACGCCUUGUGGUGGCUAUAGGCAGUGCUCUUCACUCCUACAUCUGGAAUGAUAUCCAGAAGAGCCUGGUGGCCUGCUCCUUCUGCCCCAUCUUUGAUGUGGGAGGCUACAUCUGUGCCAUCGAGACCACGGGGGAAGCUCAGGUAGCUGUGGCUACAGAGCUGCCUUUAGAUAAAAUCUGUGGGUUAAAUGCAGGCAUGGCUUUCGACAUGCCGACAGAGACGGAGUCGGUGCAAGGCCACGGCUCACAGUCAGAUGAAGAUAGCAUUCAUGACUCAAGAAGAAGAUCGUUUGAGUCGGACAGGUGUUUUAUGCCCAGUUCAGGCCCUUUAGACCUCACCCACCUCCUGGCAAGGCACCGUCGCUCAGACCCUAGCCCCCUUAUUAACCUGCGUCGCAGAGACACUAUGACAGGUUCGGGCCAGGACUCCUCACACCUCAUCCUGGUCACGUAUGAGCGUAAAGUCACUACCACUCGCAAAGUCAGUAUCCCUGGGGUUUUGGUCCCAGACAUUGUGGCUUUUGAUCCACGUGGAUCCACUGUUGCGGUAGCUUCCAACACAUGCAACAUGGUGCUUGUGUACUGUAUUACAGCUUCAGCCAUGCCUAACAUCCAGCAGAUCUCUCUGCAGACGAACGAGAGGCCCAAAGGGGUCUGCUUUCUCAGUGACAAGAUGCUGCUGAUGAUGGUGGGCAGACAGAAGUCCAAUGACCCUGCCUUCCUCCCAUCUUCCAACACAGAUAAAUAUAUACUUCGUCUUAUAGCCAAAGAGUUGAUAUACGAUGGAGAGACUCCUAUCACACCAUCCCCCUCUGUUCACAACCCUGAGUCUACUUCUAAUGUCUGCGCACGGAUUAGGAGGCACUCAGAGCACCUAUCUAGGGAUGACAGGGAGCGCACAGGGAUAAAGGAGUUGGUGUUGCCUGGAGGGGGGGUGAUUCGUUCGCCAGGGAACAGACGCAGGCUAGUGGAGGAGGUGAAGAGCACUGAGCCAAGCCCCACCACCAGCUCUGUAGACUUUGCUGACCGAGCAUCAGAUAGAGCCACAUCCAGUGCCUCAUCUAUCACGGUUGAGAAUUUCGAUAUGGACCACAGCAGCCGCAUGAUCAGCCUGGCAGUGGCUGGCCAGGCCAGCAGAGACUCUAGUCGGUGCAGUUCUCCACGCUUGGAGCAGUCGGACAAGCUCCACACAGAGUCAACGCUGCCUAUGCAUGAAAAGACACCCAACCCUGCCAGGGAGCGCUCGCUGGAGCAGCUCGUUCACAACAUGGAGAGGCUUUUUAAUCGCUUUGCAGAUGUACAGCAGUGCCUGACAGAUAUCAGAGAUUAUACCCAAAAUGGCAAGAAGGCCCUGACUGCCUACCCCAAUGCCUGUGAACCCCCUUAUGUCAAUGUCACAUGUCAGAAGCAGUUGUCAGAAAAUGUGUUCAUUGAUGAGCGGAGGCCAGUGCUGCUGUGUGAUGGCAAGUUGUGUCUGCGAGCCCUUCAAGACCUCUUCAACCUAACCAUUGUCGAGAUGAUGUACGGGCCAUUGUGGAUUGUACUUGUGGCAGAUGCAGACGGCUUUGUCCCCCUGACAUUUAAACCCAAAGAGGAGCUCACAGUGCGGAACGGGAAGCGGAAAACUAACCUGCGGGCCCCUGGGAGUCCAGACACCUCAUGCCCAUCUAGUCCAGCCCCCAUCCAAAGCCCCAGCGGAACCACAGAGGCCUCUGUAUAGUGCAGCCUAACACUCACCAAAAUCUAUGGAUGUGAUGCAUCCAUGCAGAUAACCAAAACUAGAUGUCAGAUGUGUUUUUGUAUGAAUUGGAGAACAUUAGUAAUUGGAAAAGGAGCUGCCUAUUCAGAUGUGAUGUUUACAUGUUGCUGCUUUGAAAGAAAUUAUAACAACCCAUGUUUUUGUUUUUAUUUUGUUUUUUGACAAAAUGCAAUGCAGUUAUGGUCUAAUCCUUCAUUAAAGCAAGACACCGAUUGUAGUGCCAUAGCACCAAAAUUUGUUUUAAAUAGUCUGAAGACAUAUUUUCAGUUUUAUCUGAUUGUUCCAAUAACAAUUAUUCGAAAUCCCUGGUAAAAAAAAAAAAAGAAAAGGCAUAGGCUAAUGAUGUAAAUGUUUUGUUUCUUUAUUGGAGCUCUGCAGAAACCCUUACAUGUGUGGAGAUACAGUAAAGUCUAUGUAAAUCUGAUUUUUAUGCAAAAUAGUCCAACUCAAAUGUUACAAGUCUAAACUUAACCCCUUGAGGUAUUUUACUUGUUGUCUAAUAUGUUCAGGAGAACACGGUUGAAGCACAUUGUGUUGUCAUAUUAUCAAGCGCAAUAACACAACUGAUCACUAGAGGGGGCAAUACUCAACAGAAACCUUCCUGACAGUAAAGUGUUUGAAGAUCUAUGGAAUACUGACUGUGUGUAUCUUGUUUCAAGAAAAUUCAAUAUUUUGGUAGC